CUUUCAAUUUUCCAGAUGACUUGAACCUUGCAUUGCACGGACUGGACGUUGACCUCGCCUUUUACUUCCCUGGCACGCAACUAGUUUUACUUCCUGUGGUACGCAGUAUCGCGGGAAGAACUUAUGAGCCUGGACAUGUUUAAGGCGUGAUGAAUUCGCCACUGGGCCGGGGGGCCCUGUCGGGCGGCACGGCAGAGACCCUGGCUGCUGCCCCGUCGCCUGGACGCACCUCGGACGCCGCCCUGGCCGGGACGCUGGGCGGGUCCCUACUGGGCUUGCUAUCAUUGCCGGCCCCGGCGCGGCGCGUGCGCAAGAAUGUCUCCUUCAGCCUCCGCAAGCGUGGCCCCGGCCCUGCCUACAGCUCCCCAGAUCAGCGUCGGGCGCCCGGCCACGCAAGCAUUAGCAUCGGGAGCCUUGGGAGACGCACGCCAUCGGUUGAGCGGCUGCGCUCGGCCCAGCGCGCAGCUCAAACGAGCGCGGCAGUGAUGGAAAGCGGCCAGAACGCAGCGUUCGUGCAGCGCAUGUUUCGGGCGGUGCGACGACUGCCGCCCUCCGGAUCGCCCGAGCCCAUGCCCAGCGCUUAUCCAGGCUGGCGGCCGCAGCCACGCGGUGGUGAUGGUGGCGGCGGUGGAGGAGGAGGAGCUGGAAGGGGUAGUGGCGGCGCGGGGCCGCGGCGGCACUCGCUUGACAGCAAUGCGCCAGCACUGCAGCACGGAUGGGACAUGGCGGCCGGGAUGGAUGUCGACGAAGCAAAUGCCGAAGCGGAAAUGACCGCUGCGGCGGCGGCGACAGGCGCGUGGGAGGACGCGAGCAGGCUGUACCUGGGUAGCCCAGUGGUGGAUGCGCUGGCGCCGGCCCGGGUGCACCUGGCCAUGAGCUGCGCGAGCAGCCUGGACGCGGCGGCGGCACCAGCUGCUGCUGGGGGACACGUGCAUGCCGCACGUGCCUCGCCGCAGCGUGCUGGGCUUGUAGGCAGCGGCGCAUAUGGCUCCCCGGGCAGUGGCGUCUGGGCCUCACCCACACGUGUCGGCGGCACCGGCGCUGGUGCAUGGUGGGCGGGGCAGCCCCAGCAGCAGCAGCAGCAGCAGGCGCUGCUCGCACAACAGCCUCCCAACCAACCUCCGCAACAGCUUUCACAGCAACACCAACAGCAACAGCACCUGGCAUGGCGAUCUGAGGCGCAAACGGGUGCGCCGGCUGUGUGCGAGCGUCAGCUGCCACAGCCGGCGCAGGGCCAGCCGCAGGCGGACAUGCAGCCACGGCCGUCCGGCGCAGCGCACAUGCGGGACACUGGUGCUCUUGACAUGUCAGCCGGCAUGCACGGGACUGCGCCAACAAGCCGCUACGCUGCUGGAACCGCGACUGGGCAUCCGUCAGCACGAGGCAGUACGGAGGAGCGGUUGCCUAGCGCAUCGCCCACUGCCAGCGGCGCUGAAAGCGCGCCGCCCCAGCCCACCAGCACGCCCACGAGAGCGGGGCACAGGUGGAGUGCGCAGCAGGCGCAGCCUGGUGCGGACACGGUCGCACGGGUACCUGAACCUGCGGCCACGUUUGAGCAGGUGCACUUAAUGCUGGCGUCCCUCACCCUGCCGGCUGCCGCCGCGUCCGCGCCGACGUCAGCAGCGCCGGCGGCUAGUGAACCGACAGGCGGCACCUCCGGCGGAAACCUUGGGGAGGCCUGCGGUCUGCAAGGCAAGCAGUCGGUGCUGCCGGAGGCUUCUGUGGCCAUGUGGCCGUCAUGCAGCGCGGAGGGGGCGCGGGAGGGCGUGUACAGCGCAGGGGCCGUUGCAGCCGAGGCGCCAGCAGCAGGGCUGUCCCACGCGAACCAUUUAGGAGUACCAGCCAUGUCGCAUUUGGCGGCCCCGCCCGGGUACGCUGGUCUGGGGUUUGUGCACCCCAGCACGAACGGUGGCGUUCCAGCAUGGUCGCCACACCCGGAAAGUUGGAACUUUGAUGUGGUGGUGCGGCAGUCCCUGGACGCGAGCGCCAGCGGGCGCCUGCGGCCGCCGCCCGUGGAGGCCUUCGCCGCCGCGUGGGCCUCCGCAGGCACGGCCUGGAUGCAGUCCGUGGGCCGGGCGGCGGCGACGGAGCGCGAGGCGCAGCAUGAGGUGGUGUUGGAGGUGGCGGCACAGCUGGCGGAGGCGGUGCGGGAGCGGCGGCACGUUGAGGCGUACAUGGAAGCGACAGCGCCUGUGGCUGGCGGCGGCGGCGGCGGUGGUGGUGGUGGUGGUUCUGCCGGCAUCCCUGAGGAGCGGCUGGCGCGGCUGCGUGCGUUGGCCACCGCGUCCGGCGCCCCGCCGGCCGUCACGCUGGCGCUGCUGGUGGAGCUGGAGGGCCGCCUGAGGCUCAAGGCAGCGCUGGUAGCGCUGCGUGCGGCGGCGGUGGCCGCGGGUCACAGGUCGGAGCUGUUGGAGUCCAGGGAGGGCCCCGCCGGCCCGCUGGCGGCGGCGGCGUGGCGGUGCUGGUGGCGCUCCGCGCGAUGGCGGCGGGCGCUGAGGGGCCGCGUACAGGCGGCAGCGACACGCAGGCAGAAGAUGCUAGCGGCUCGCGUGCUGCUGGGCUGGUGCAACCUGGUGGCGCGCCGGCAGGACCUGGCGCAGCGCCGCGCCACCCUGACCAGCCGCUUCACAAGGCAGCGCCUGGGCGCUCGCUUCUGCGCCUGGCGCCACCUGUGCCAGCGCCACGCCCAGCUACGUAGCAUCCUGGCGGCGUGCCGCGCCGCCGCGCAGCGGCGGGCACUGGCGCGCUGGCGCGGCAGCGCCGCGCAGUCGGCAACCUCGGCGCGGCAGCGGGCGGCGGCGGACCGGCACUACCGGCGGCGGCUGCUGCUGGCGGCGCUGGCGCACUGGCGCUACCUGCAUGUGGCCCGCAGCCUGGGCCGCGUGUGGGAGGCGGCGCUGGAGAAGCGGCACGCGCUGGCGCUGGCGGGGCGCGCGCUGCGCGUGUGGCACUUCUAUGCGCGGCGCUGCCGGCAGCUCAUCAAGCAGCUGACCAGCCAGCGCGCCGCGGCGGCAGCGAGCUCGGGCGCCGCGCCCAUGGUGGUGUCGGAGGCGGCGCUGCCGGCGCCGCUGCAGCUGGCGGCGCUGCCGCGCAUCCGGUCGGGGCUGCUGGCGGCUGCCCGUGAAUUCAUGGUGGACAUGUCGGACGAGCUGCUGCACCUCCGAGCCUUCCUGCGCUUCACGCGCCCGGACCCCAGUAGCACCCAGGAUGGUAGUGCUCAAGGGGAGGGUGCAGGGUCAGGGAAAGGGGAGUGGGCGGCGGCUGGGCAGGGCGGAAGAGCCAGAGGAAGAGGAGGAGGCAGUGUUUCGCUGCCCGCGCGCAUGAGCGUUGCGCUCGGCUGGGCUGGCAUCAAAGGUGGGGAGGAGAGCCCCGGCCGGGGGGAGGAGCAGGAGGAGGAGGGCCAGGAAGGCGGCGGCGGCGUGGCCUCGCCUCGGCUGCUGAUCAGCGGGCAGUGGCGGCACAAGCAGGCGGUGCUGCUGCUGCUGGCGCAGCUGAAGCAGGUGGAGCGGAUGGCGGCGGAGGUGGAUGCGCAGCUGGAGGCAGCGGACAGGGCGGGGCGGGAGGCCAGGGCCAGCCUGCAGGAGCGGUCGGAGGAGCUGCAGCGCCGGGCGGACAGCAGCCGCGGCAUGCUGGAGGCGGCGCAUGCGGAGCAGCAGCAGCUGCAGGCGGCGCUGGAGGCGCUGGACCGGGAGGCCCAGGCAGUGGUGGGCUACCUGUCCCGCUGCCGCGCCGUGGCUGCGGCCGCCGCGAACAAGGUCCGCACCGUGGAGCAGCAGCUGGCGGAGGCGGAGGCCAUACACGCGCAGGCGCUGGAGGCGCUGCAGGCGGCGGUGGACCGGGAACAGCAGCAGCGGGCGGCGCUACAGUCGCUGGAGAAGGCACUAGAGCCGGAGCUGGUGGCGGAAGCCGCGCGUGCAGAGGCGGCCGCGCGGCAGCGCCAGGCGCAUGCGGCCGCGCAGGUCGCCGCGGCGGCGGAGGCCCUGGCCGCCAGUGCGACGGCUCUGGAGGCGGCGCGAGAGGGCGAGCGGGCUGGGCGUGAGCGGCUGCUGGCGGCUCAGCGGCGGCUGUCGGAGGCCCUGGGGCUCAAGUCGGCGCUGAUGGCGCACCUGCGGGAGGUGCAGGCGGAGGCGGCCGCGGCGCCGCUCUACGCGGCCCAGCGGCACGCGCUGCGUGUGGGCGAGGCGCAGUCACAGGUGGUGGAGGCUGCCAAGGUGGUGUCGUUGGCGGAGUUCGAGGUCCAAGAGUUGAUCACAGCGGUGGAGAUGAUGUCCACCACAGCCCGAGCAGCAGAGGCCGCCCUGGCCCAGGCACACACAGCCGCCACCGCGCCGCCAUCGCAGUCGCCGCCAUCGCAGCAACAGCCCUUGCUAGCUACGCCAGGCAGCGCCGCCGCGGCCGCGGCGGCGGUGCGUGUCGCCGCCGCGGCGGAGCAGCUCGCCGUCGCCGGCGCUGCCGCGGCGGAGGCGGCGGAGCUGGAGCAGGGCGCGCGCGAGGCCGUGGCUAUGCUCCAAGCGCGGCUGCAUGGGCUGCGACAGGCUCUUCAGGGCGAGAUGGACCUAGGCGGAGACACGCAUGUGGUGGCGGGGGCGACGGGGGUGGCGGAGCAGCAGGCGGCGGCGGUGGCAGCGGAGGCCGCGGCGGCGCGGGCUGAUCAGCAGCAGGCUGUGCUGCUGGAGCCACUGGUGGCGCGGCAGCGGGCGAUAGGCGCGGAGCUUGAGGCGGUGCGCGCGCGUGCGGAGGCGGCGCUGGCGGAGCUGCGGACGGUGCUGGCGGCUGUGGCGGAGAUCCCGCCGGCCGUGGAGGCGGCGGAGGUGGCCCACCGCGCGCAGCUGCUGCGGCUGCAGCCCGCCGCCGCCAAGCUGGCGCAGUCGCGGGCGCAACUGCGCGGACGGCUGGGACACUACCCGGGGGAGCUGGUGCGGGCGCUGGCGCGGGUGGUGGAGGCGUACGGCGUGGAGGCGUGCCAGGACGCGAGCGGGGAGUGGCAGGUGCGCAACCUACCGCCGCAGUGGCAGCGGCGGCUGCGCCCGGGGCGGCUGGCGGCUGCGGGCUGCGCUUCCGACGACGAAACCUCCUCCCUCGCCCUCACCACCACAACCAGCAGCAGCCCCGUGGCAUGGGGCCGCCGCCGUGACGCCGCCGCCAGCCCCACGGCGGCUGCACCCCACGCACCCGCAGGCGGCGGCGCCGUUAGCACCGGCUCAGCUCCGAAGCGGCCCAGUCCAAGCCGCAGUCACGGCCUGAGCAGCAUGUCGGCGGCGCAGCUCGCGCGCAUGGCCAGGUCGGCGCUGGCCGCCGCCGCCGCGCGUUCGCCCGAGGCCCGCACGGACUGCAGCCCUGUGCACAGCGCGCGCCGGCGCAGCCGCAGCGGCAGCGGUGGCGGCACCGAUGUGGCAGGCGGUGGUGGUGGCGGCAGUGGCAUGGGCUUUGGCCCGCAGCCAGUUGCGCAGUACCCAGGCAGUGAGGGGAGGAGGCAGAUGGCGCAGAGACGCGGGCACAAGCGCGAUGAGGCCGUAGAAGCAGCAGCAGCAGUGGCGGCGGCUGGUCAGACCGGUAGCAGCUGGCGACAGAAGGCCAAGGUCGCUCGCGUGCUCGGCUUCACACUGUCAGCGAGCCAUGACGGGCCGCUGCUGCCGCCGCUGCCGCCAGCUGCACCCUCCAGCCCCCGCGCCGUGUUUGCGCGGGUGGUGGGCAGCCAGGACGAGCCUGACAACCGCAACCCCAGCACCGAGGGCGAGCGCAGCGGCGGGAGCGGCAGCGCGGCGCGAACGGAUCCAGGGGCUUCAGUGUCUUUUGGUGGCUGGGGUGAGCAACAGGCACAGCAACAGCAGCAGCAGAACACGUCUGCGAUCGCAGCCGAAAGCGAACGUGCCGCAGGCGUCCCAACGACAGCAUACAACGAAGCAGACUCCGCACUGCGGGGACCAGCAGCAGGGAUAGCGGAGCAUUUAAACUGUGAACCGCCCACCUCGGGCGUCGGCGCAGGGCCGGGGGCGGCCUGCGCCGACGGCGGCGGCGCCGCGGUGGGCGGUCUGCAGGCCAGGAGUGUGGAGGACGCGGCGUGUCUGUACUACCUGAGGAAGCUGGCCCGCAAGGCGUUCCAGGCCCUCAGGAGCCACGUCGCCGGCCUGGGCUCCUUAGCGUCAUCGCUGCAGCUCACAGCCGACACAGCACGGCUGCGAUGGGCGCUGUCCCUGCUCCAGCAGGCCGUGGCGGAGCCCCGCCGCCGCGCCGCCGCCUUCGCCGCCGCCGCCGCCACCUUCCGGGCCUGGGCGGCAUGGCGGCUGUUCGUUCAGGCGCGGCAGCAGCAGGCGGUGCUGGUAGCGCUGCUGCGGGCGGCGGCGCGGGACCGGCUGCUGCGAGGCAUCCUGCGGUGGUGGAACUCCUGGCGGCUUCGCCGGGAGGCAAUGCUGAGAGCCGACACGGACGCACGCGACCAGCACCGCCGCUGGCUGCUGCUCCGCUGGCGGGCCGGGAUUCGGGCUGUGCAGCGCAGCAAGCAGCGCAGGGCGGCGGCGGCAGAUGUCUACCGGCGCAGCCUGCUGCGUCGCUGCCUGUGCUACUGGCGCCAUGUGCUGUGGGCGCGGCGCCUGCUGCACCGCGUGUUCAGCACCGCUGAGCUGCUGUGGGAGGAGUACACCGACACGCUGCAGACGCUGGGGGCCGAGUACUGCGCCCUGCGUGCCGCUUUCGACCGACUGCGCCGCUACCAGCAGCACCGCGCUGCCAAGCGCGCCCAGCGCAUCAACGAGCAGGCGGCGGUGGUGUUCCGGGAGUCACUGCUGAGAGUGCGCGCCUUCAGCGCAUGGACGGCCAUGGUUGCGGCGGUGUGGCAGGAGCGCUAUGUGACGCGGCUCGCGCUACGGCUGCUGCGCGCGUGGCGCCGGCACGUGCAUCAGCAGCGCGAGGAACCUACCAGCCUGUGCAGCCUGAGGGCGCGGCUGCGCGAUCGCGGCUACGCCGGCGAGCGCGACGUGCGGCGGCGCCGGCUUCAGCGCUGUGCACUGGCGGCGCUGAGCGCGCCGUUCGCCGAGCCGCGAAGGCACUACCGGCGGUCCCUAGCCACGCGCGCGCUGCUGGCGCUGUGGGAGUUGCCCGAGCGCCGCGCCCAGCUGGCAGAGGAGCACCGGCAGCGGCACCUGCGCGGGCCGCUGCGGCGGGCGGUGCUGCGGCAGUGGCGGGAGGUGACGGAGCGCCGGGCCCACAUCCGCAGGGCAGCCGCCCUUGCCGCGACGUGGCGCAAGCGCCGCGUUCAGCAGCUGGCGCUGGCUGCCUGGUCGGCCUGGGUGCCUGCCAGCCGCACCAAGCGCCGCCUGCACUCCACCGCGUCCCUGCACCGCGACCGCCGCCUGCAGUCACACGUGCUGCUGGCCUGGGCGCGGCUGCACGCGCAUCGACAAGACGCGGCAGUGGCGCACGACGCCGGCCGGCGGCUGCGCCGGUGCGUGGCCGGCUGGUACGGGCUGGCGGCGGCGGAGCGGGCCAAGCGCGAGGCGCUCAUCGCCACGAUGGCGGCACUCGACGGCGGCGCCGGCCUCACGGCACAGCCGCGGCGGCACCGCCACCUGGAGCUCUACGAGCAGGAGCAGCGCGCGUGCCAGAACCUGCUGCAGCAGCUGCAGCACCAGCAGCACCAGCAGCACCAGCAGCACCAGCAGCACCAGGACCAGCACGCGGAGCGGGUGACGGGCGUGCUGUCGCCGCCGCCGCAGCGGCCGCACCUGCAGCAUGGGCCAACGCGGCCGCAGCCGGGAGUCGGCGCCAAAGUCGCCGCGCGAGUGGCCUUCCUGCCCACGCCGGGUUCCAGCUCCUCCAGCUGCGCCUCCGCCUGCCAACCGGUGGUGCAACAUGGCAAGGGCGUGGCGGCAGGCCAGGCAGCGGCGCCGCCAGCGGCCCGCCGGGCUGCAGGCGCCCCGGCAGUGACCGCCGCGCCCGGCGGCCGCCGCAACGCGCCUGGGCCCAACCUGGACUGGCGGAAGCACGUCAGGGCCCUGGCUCCCCUGAACCGUGUGAGUGGUGGCGCGGCCCCGGCCCCUGAGCCGGCAUGCAACGACCACGUCACGUACGGUGUAGCGCUCCAUCCGAAGCCCUCACAGGACGUGUCUAGCCAGAUCGCGGCGGCCUCCAGCGGCGGCGGGCGGCAGCCCGCCGAUGUGUGGGUGUCGGAGCAGGGGCGAGCGCCCCUGCAGCCCUCCUGCAGCGCGGUUGACACGUGCAGCCCGCACGACCUGCAGUCGAGCAUCAGUGGCACCUCUGGAAUGCCUGGUGUUAUGGGUGCCGGCGAGGCCACGCCUGCAGCCCUGCUGGCGGGGCCGCGGCUGCCCUGGUCUGGCGCUGACAGCUGGGCGCUGCACGGUUCCAGCGGUGGGCCGCGUCAGGGCCUGUGCGGCAGCAGCAGGCGCGACGGCAGCGGCUUUGAGCUGCAGGCCGAGAGCUCGUCAUCGACGCCCCUGCUUGAUCCGCUAGAACUGCUGGCAUGUCGGUCCGAUGAGUCUGGGCCAAGCAAUGGGCGGCGAGCGGCGGCGGCGUGUCAUCUGCCCCCCGACGUCACAAGGUUGGACACGCCCACGCGGCAGCUUUGGAGGCGGUACGCGCAGCGGCAGCUAGCUGUGGAGUGGCGGCGGCGGGUGCUACUGCGCAAGGCAAUGGCCGCCUUGCGCACUGCUGCUGUGCUGUUGCGGGUUGCACCAGGAGCUAGGCGGUGAAUUGGGCGGAACGCAUAGGCUGCAUGCUGAGAAAGCGUGCCAAUUCUGUUGUAAAGAUGUCGAUAUAAAAUGGAUGCAAAGUCGGUUAGGCAUAGGCAACACGGGCUAGUUGACCUGUUGUUUGUGGGUUGAUUCCUCGGGCCGGGAUAUGAGUCCCCUUUGGCUGUGCUUCCCAGCUAAAUAACUGGUGUCCAUGAACCGAUUCAAGGCAUCUGACCCUAACCCUACUGCUUGGGCUGUUCAUUGGCCCCCGGCUCUCUCGCACCGCCUCCAAGGCUGUCAGUGCUGUACGGCAGGUCAACAAUACGGUAUCCAGCGUCAUCCAGCUGCUCGCCCAGUGCACUUUGCUGAGUUUCCAGUUCUGUUCCCCGCCACGGUCCUGGCACAUGCAAGCAGCCCUUCAACCCCAUCAGAAGAUCAGAGAGGCACACAGC